AUGGAGGGAGAUUCAGUCACACUGAUUUAUGUCGAAACAAAUAAACAAGAAGAUAUUAAAUGGUAUUUCAAUGACACUCAAAUUGCUGAAGUCACUGGAAAUCACAGUAAGAUCUAUACAGAUAAUCAGGAUAAAGAGAGAUUUGGAAAUAGACUGCAGGUGAAUCAGACUGGAUCUCUGACCAUCACAAACAUCACAAACACAGACUCUGGAGAAUAUAAACUACAGAUCAACAGCAGCAGUGAAAACAUCUUCAAUGUUACUGUCAAUGAUGUUCCUGCUGCUGAACUACAUGGCAUUAAGAGAAAAUCAGUGAAAGAGGGAGAAUCUGUCACUUUAGAUCCUGAAAUAGUAAAAAAUCCAAAUGAUACAAUGAAAUGGUAUUUUAAUGAGAUUCUCAUCGCUGAAAUCACUAGAGAUCAGAGUGAGAUCUGUUCAGAUGUUCAGUGUAAACAGAGAUUCAGAAACAGACUGAAGCUGGAUCAUCAGACUGGAUCUCUGACCAUCACAAACACCAGAACCACAGACUCUGGAGAUUAUAAACUACUGAUCAUCAGCAGCAGAUUCAGCAUCGUUAGGAAUUUCGGGAUCACUGCUACUAUCGAUGUCUCAGGUUUGUCUGCAGGUGCUAUCGCAGGAAUUGUGAUUGCUUGUGUCGUGCUGAAUACUGUGUGUGGUGGUUUCAGUUUGGUGCUCUUCCACUAACAUAAAUGAAUAUGAUGUACUAGCCGCCUGGUCCAAUUAUUAUUGCUUUGAGGAGGAGGCACUGGCUGUUUAUCUUGGGUUAUUUUGCAAGUAAAUGUAUCCUAAUUUAAGAAUGUUUCCGGAUCAGCUGUGAAUAGCAUGGCUUUUGAUAUGUUGAGCUAAACCAGAACCAAAAUCAGUCUUUAAUGAUCUUGUUAAUACAUUGACUUAUACUGAAGUUGGUGAAACACUUUACUGACAGUAGUUAUCAUAUUCAGUGCCUUUAACUGGAUCUAUUAACACUAAAUGCUGUGUUAAAUCUUGUUACUCUAAUGUUAUUCGUUUGGUUCACCAUUUUAAGUGUUCAUCUCUUAAACUUAAAACAAUAAUAAAAAAAUAAAAAAACAUAUGUUUCGGUCCUAUUGUAUGAUGACACAUCAUUUAAUGUCAACUAUAAAAAUAUAUAAAAACAACUUUACAGCAGCAUCUUCAAGGAGACUCUUUUCGCUGUAUACGUGUUACAUUCAUGGACUUUUGAGUUUCCUUAUUUGGUUAUUUCCCUGUUCUUGUUUGGUUAAUUGAUUAAUCCCCACCUGUCUCCAUUCACCUGAUUACUUCCCUCGUGUUUAAAUACCCUUUCUUUUUAGUUCCUCCUCGUCCGUGACUGUUGUAAGUUAAGUUAAUGUAGUAAUGUAUUGUAUGGUUAUGUUGGAUGUGCCAUUGUUCUCCCGCGAUCAUUAAACGAU